AUGAAGGCGCUACGUGCGAAAGACACAAAUGUGGCCGAACCUAGAGGGAAUCGAAAAUACAAGAUUGAGAAAAGGAAGCUUGUUCAUGCCAAGAAGCAGCAACCUGCCGAAGCUAUCUUCAAAAAUAGUAUGGAAAGCUUCUUAGAAGUUGCACCGCUGUCUGGCAGCAAAGUAGGUAGUCCGGAACUAAGACCUCGUAGUUCAGAUAUGCAGAGCAACCAGGAUUCAAUUGCAGCGCCCGAUACCUUGAGCCAGCACGCUUUGGAACAUUUGCAAUUCACUAUAUGCGAGCGAGAGAUGGACACUACUUCGUGUGGUCAUCCCUUCUGUCACCGUUUAAAAAGGGUUAAGUUACCGCUCACUGACUUCCGGAACCUGCUGCUCUUCGAUUUAGAGAUGAUACCCGAGCAAUUUAAAGUCCAGCUUACCAACCUCCGCAACGGCUGCUAUCGUAACCAGGUCUAUCAGAGUAUUUGGUCAGACUGGAAACUGCCUCCAAAUCUCAACGGAACCGCCAAAGAAUUGAAUAAGCUUGAAGAAUUCUCCAUGGAUCAAUUGUUCAUUGGUGAAUGUGCGCCAACGUCUCCUUUAUCGUCAGGGUCGAAUUUGAAAACCACUGACAGGGUACGCAGCAGAAGAAACGUCAUGCCUCACUCUUUUCUCGCACAGAGGAACCAGAGCUCCAUUUUUGAGGAACCUCUGGAUCCAGCGGAACUUCUAAGGGAGUCGUCCUCAAUAUCUGUGUCCCUUGAAGAGAAAGCAUUUGAUAAUUGUCGUAUGCACCGACAUAAUAAGUUAGGUUGCGUACUUGCAAAAGACCCUAAAAUUUCCAAUGACGAGGAAUUCAAGAGCCAUGAUCUCAAUUGA